GGGGGGGGGGGGGGAGGCCGGGCGACGGGAGCGUGAGGCGGCGGCGGCGGCGGGGGUCUGAGCGCGGCCCCCAUGGAGCUGCUGAGGAAAUGGCUGGGCCACCCCGAGGACAUCUACAACCUGCUGCGGUUCAAGAUGGGCGGCUACCGGGCCGUCAUGCCGCGGAUCGACCCGGACUCGCUGGGACGCGGCCUCCGCACCUGCUACCGCUACCUCAACCAGACCAGCCGCAGCUUCGCCGCCGUCAUCCAGGCCCUGGACGGAGAGCUGCGACAUGCCGUCUGUAUAUUCUACCUAGUCCUCCGUGCCCUGGACACUAUAGAGGAUGACAUGACCAUCAGCUUAGAUGUAAAGGUCCCGAUGCUGCACGAGUUUCACUCCUAUCUCUAUCAACCGGAGUGGAAAUACAUGGAGAGCAAGGAGAAGGACCGGCAGGUGCUCGAGGACUUCCCAACGAUCUCCAUGGAGUUCAGGAACCUGUCAAAGGUCUACCAGGACGUGAUUUCGGAUAUCUGCCACAAGAUGGGUGUCGGUAUGGCAGAGUUCUUGGAGAAGAAGGUGGACUCUCAGCAUGAGUGGGAUAAGUAUUGUCACUACGUUGCUGGGCUGGUGGGAAUCGGCCUUUCACGUCUCUUCUCUGCAUCAGAGCUAGAAGAUCCUAUUGUUGGGCAGGACACAGAGCUGGCGAACUCCAUGGGCCUCUUCCUGCAGAAAACUAACAUCAUCCGUGACUAUCUGGAGGACCAGCUGGAGGGAAGGGAGUUCUGGCCCAGAGAGGUUUGGAGCAGAUAUGCAAAGAAGCUCUCGGAUCUUGCCAAACCAGAGAACAUUGAUAUGGCUGUCCAGUGUCUGAAUGAGCUCAUCACCAACGCCCUCCACCAUGUCCCUGAUGUCCUCACGUACUUAUCCCGCCUGAAAAACCAAAGCGUCUUCAACUUCUGCGCUAUCCCCCAGGUGAUGGCUAUUGCCACAUUGUCUGCCUGCUAUAACAACAAGCAGGUGUUCAGGGGUGUAGUGAAGAUCCGGAAGGGACAAGCUGUCACUCUCAUGAUGGAUGCCACAAACAUACAAGCUGUCAAAGCCAUCAUGUACCAGUAUGUGGAAGAGAUCUACCAGAAGAUCCCAAGCACAGACCCAUCAUGCAACAAGACCCAGCAGGUCAUCGCCUCCAUCCGUGCCAUGAGCUUGCCCAGCAGCCCUGUGGUAUCACGUCACCACUACUCCCCCAUCUACCUGUCCUGCGCCAUGCUCCUGGCCGCCCUGAGCUGGCAGUACCUGAGCACCAUCUCCAAGGCCACCGAGGAGUACGUCCAGGCAGGCGAGAACUGAUGGGCGGUGGGUGGGCGGGGGGAAAGACGGUCGGCAGAUGGGCAGCACAGGCAGGAGGGUCCUUGUCCCCCACCGGUGGGGAUGGCCGGGCAGCGGGGUGCCACAGGGCCUGGGACAGUGACGAGGACGGGACGUCGGUGAGCUGCAGCCCUGGGGCAACGGUGCGGUGUUGCUGGACUCCGCUCCUCACCGCCCUUGCUAUCUGCUUGGAUGGUUACAAUUGCUAAUCGGAGUCUUACUGUUUGGGGUUGAAUAUUUUUUUUUUUCCCUUCUUUCUUGUUGGACAGUUUACCUGAUAUUUUUUUUUUGUUUUUGGUUAGGAUGGUUUUAAAUAGAAACUCCAGUUGCCUCUUUUCUUGCUUGAGAUUUGAGACACCUUUCCAGCUCAGAGCUGAGCAAAAUCUUCUAGGUUUUGCAUCCCUUUCUUAGGCAGGCUCUUCCCCAUCGCCUCUGGUGCCUGCUAUGCACUGGCAGGGGAGGAAUACGCUUCCUUAUCCAGGGAAAAAGCUCUGGCCACCUUCUGGCCUUCAGCCCAGGCUGGUUGACAUCCUGCAGCCUGGAAACAGGCAGAGGCUAUCUUCACAUUUCUGUUGUUGUGCUGAAGGAAGCUACUAGGCUUCAAACGAGCCCUUUUCAUGUAAAAUACAUAGGAGGGGGGAUGCUCUGUCCACUUUAAUGUGCCCCCCCCCCAGCUGGAAAUCAUCUACUGCAGCUCCCUGGCCUCUAGCAAAGCUUUGUAAUUUAGCAGCUGGGGAGAUGAUGCAACAGAGGAGACAGGAGCUGCUUGCACAGCCCUGAGCUGGUACCCCCCUGCCUGACUCCACUGCAGGGUCUGGGCUCUGAACCCCUUCUUCAGCCCCAGGGGAGGGGUGGCUGCGGCAGAGCAGCACCAUCGCAGUGGCGCCGGAUGCCUCUGCAAGGCAGGGGAGCGAGGGUUUGCACCAUGCUGUCCCUCAUGGGAUGAUUUUUUUGGGAGCUUUGGUCCAUUGGCCACCCCGAAAGGCAGGUGGUGAUCCCUGCUGCAGGCUGGGAAGGCUCAAGCUGCCGAGGGGGGGGGGGGGGAGGGCCAGGGCAGGUUUCCUUGGCCCACCUGGUGAUGCUUCGGGUUAAACUGACAUGCAAACUGGAAGAGGCUUCCACUGCUGUUUUGAAACGCAUCAGACUGGACUAACUUCAAGAAGAAACAAUGCUUUAAAGGCAAGUCCCAUGUUCCCGGGGUGGAUUUUUGUUUUCGUGGUCACCCCUGAAUGCUGCUUUGCCUUUGUGAAGGGGAGGACAGCCUGUGUCCUGAUGCAGGACAGAGCUCAGCCUCCCAGGUGCAGUUCAGUGGCCUUUGCAAGGCCCAGCCUAUGUGGCCAGAUUGUUACUCAGAGGGAGGACCUCUGCUCCACCAGUACCGAUGUAGAUAGUUUUAAAGCCGUUGUUUAAAAGAAACUUGCGGUAGCUCUCUUUGUGCAGCUUCCUGUCUUGUUAAAAUUAAAGUUUUCUUUGGGAAAAAAAAAA